AUGUCACAACAAGCAUUCAUGCAAACUCCAAAGAGGCCAAGUCUCCCUCCUACCCCCAGUUCCUACUGCAAGACCAGCUUACCGCCAUUGUCUUCUAUUCUCAAUAGUAAGAAGGACAUUGGUGCUGGGUCUUCCUCCACACCAUUCGGUGGAUUUACCAGACUCCCCUCCAUAGAUUCCUUUACCCCUAUUUCGAGCUCCAAGAUCUAUUCAUAUCCAGCAACAAGUGUCAACUCCAGCCACCGUCAGCACAAUCUUACAUUGUCUACUCCAUCGAAGUCAUCUAUUCCUGCCGGAAACGUGAAUUCCAGCUUCAGUUUUGCUAACUCGUCAAUCGAUACCAGUGAAAAUGAUAUCACACCAGUCGAUUCUACUGUCAAGAGCGCUGUUCAAUCACAGGCACAGUCCAAAGUCAACUCUCCCAUUGAGUCAAAGGCAUAUGCCUUCAUCAGUCAUUCCCCUGCAACAUUCCCUAACCAAGAACCUUCCAUUGACAACGCUCCGUUGGCUAGAAGAAAGAGAAGAAGAACUUCUCCCAAUGAGUUGUCCAUCUUGAACAAGGAAUUUGACUUGGGCUCUACUCCAAACAAAUCGAGAAGAAUAGAGAUUGCUGGUAGAGUCUCGAUGACUGAAAAGGCAGUCCAGAUCUGGUUCCAAAACAAAAGACAAUCAUUGAGGAAGCACUCUGCAACUGAAAAGGAGGUUACUGAGUUGCCACAGGUAGUCCACUCCACUUCAACCACAUCGUUACCUGAUGUCGUCUCAUCGCAAGUAUCAGUUUCCUCCUCCUCCUCCUCAUCAUCCUCUUCAACAUCCAUAUCAUUAGAAGUCUUCCCUCCAGCUUCUGCUCCACCAAUUUUAACUGCAUCUACCCCAAUUAAGCCAAUGUUAAACAAAGCUCAAUCGUUUAUUUCCCCAUCUGGUGCAGGCAACAAUAACUUUCCUUCACCAAUUCAAAAGAGAUCCCUCUCCACAAAUUCUCUUCCAAAGCUUCCCACCCUCACUCCUACUUUGAACAAGUCGAUGUUUAAAAUAGAGAGUGAUGCUGCUACUUUACCUUCCCCCUCGGACUCGUCCCACCUUGUAUUGAAUGAAACCAAGAAGAAACAACCAAUCUUCUUGAACUCUACCAAUUCAAGCACAAUGACUUUCAAGUUGGCACCAGCCAAGUUUAAGUCUCCAAAGAAGGAGCAAUCUGAAGGUAGGAAAGCAUUGAGUGAAAUCAGCUUGAACAGAUCCAAUUCCAUGCCUAGCGUCAACAAGGUGAAGGAAAAGUUGGACAACGUCAAGAGAAGUGGAGAAAAUGAAUGCAUUGAGAACUUGUUAUCAUUGAGAGCUGGUAACUGGAAAUAG